AUGUACAGUAAUAAUAGAGUAGGACUGUACCAUGAAGAUGGGAGAAUUGGGGAAUUGGAGAUAUACUCUCCAAAGGAAUCGCAGCAGCAAGACGAUGUGACGAAGCAGAGGAAGAAGAAACAGAGAGAAGUAAUGGAGCAAGUGAAGAUUGGAAUCAGAAUUAGCCGUUUCUCUCAACCUAGCGAGAGAUGUCCUCCUCUCUCAGUACUCACUACAGUUUCAUCUUCCGGUCUCUGUUUCAAAUUGGAAGCUUCAUCUAAUCCUGAUCAGAAGCCACUCAAUCUCUUCUACUCGUCCUGCCUCAGGGAGAACAAGACGGCAGUAAUGCUCCUGGGUGAGGAAGAGCUCCAUUUGGUUGCCAUGUACUCAGAAGAUGUGGAGAACGAGCGUCCUUGCUUCUGGGCGUUCACUGUUGCUUCUGGAAUUUAUGAUUCCUGUCUUGUCAUGCUGAACCUUAGAUGCCUUGGCAUUGUCUUUGAUCUUGAUGAAACCCUCGUUGUGGCGAACACCAUGCGCUCGUUUGAGGAUAGGAUUGAGGUGUUGCAGCGCAGGAUAAACAACGAGGUGGACCCUCAACGCAUGGCCGUUAUGGUGGCCGAGUUGAAGCGUUACCAAGAUGACAAAAACCUUUUGAAGCAGUAUGUUGAAAGUGACCAGGUUGUUGAAAACGGGGAGGUGAUUAAGGUGCAGCCUGAGAUUGUUCCUGCCUUGUCUGACAACCAUCCGCCUAUUGCUCGCCCUCUGAUAAGGUUGCAAGAGAAGAAUAUUAUCCUGACUCGCAUUAAUCCAAUGAUUCGUGAUACAAGUGUUCUUGUGAGGAUGAGGCCUUCGUGGGAAGAACUUCGAAGAUAUUUGACAGCAAAAGGGCGGAAGCGGUUUGAAGUAUAUGUUUGCACGAUGGCUGAAAGAGAUUACGCCUUGGAGAUGUGGAGGCUCCUUGACCCAGAAGGGAAUUUGAUAAGCUCAAAUGACUUGCUGGCUCGCAUUGUUUGUGUGAAACCUGGUUUGAAAAAAUCACUGUUCAAUGUGUUUCUCGAUAGAACCUGCCAUCCAAAGAUGGCACUGGUAAUUGAUGAUCGGCUGAAAGUUUGGGAUGAGAAGGAUCAGCCGAGGGUGCAUGUUGUUCCUGCAUUUGCUCCCUAUUAUUCUCCUCAAGCUGAAGCGGCUACAACACCAGUGCUGUGUGUUGCCAGAAAUGUUGCUUGCGGUGUCAGAGGUGGAUUUUUCAGGGAUUUCGAUGAUAGCCUGCUACAAAGGAUUGCUGAAAUAUCGUAUGAGAAUGAUGUUGAGGACAUUCCUUCUCCUCCUGAUGUCAGCCAUUACUUGGUGUCGGAGGACGAAACAUCAGGAUCAAAUGGGAACAAAGAUCCACUUACUUUUGACGGAAUGGCUGAUACUGAAGUGGAAAGAAGACUGAAGGAGGCACUUUCUGCAUCUUCAGCUGUCCUUCCGGCGGCAAAAAUAGAUCCGAGGUUAGCUGCUCCCGUUCAGUACCCCAUGGCUUCUGCUUCUUCUGUUUCAGUUCCAGUACCAGUCGUGCAUCAAACACCACAACCAUCAGCAAUGGCCUUUCCAAGUAGUCAGAUUCAACAGCCGACAUUAAUAGCUAAACAGUUGGUUCCUUCAGAACCAAGCUUGCAGAAUUCUCCUGCUAGAGAGGAAGGUGAGGUACCUGAAUCAGAGUUAGAUCCAGAUACGAGGAGGAGGCUCCUCAUAUUGCAGCAUGGACAAGAUAGUAGAGAUGCUGCUCCAAGUGAACCUCCAUUUCCUCAGAGAACUCCAGUUCAAGCUCCACCUUCAAAUGUGCAGCCAAGAAAUGGUUGGUUUCCUGUUGAGGAGGAGAUAAAUCCAGCUCCACUUCGUCGAGCAGUCUCCAAAGAAUAUCCGUUGGAUUCUGAAAUGAUACAAAUGGAAAAGCAAAGGCCUCGCCAUCCUUCCUAUUUUUCUAAGAUUGAUAACUCAACUCAAUCUGACAGGAUGCUUCAUGAGACUCGCAGGCCACCAAAAGAGACGCUCCAGAGAGAUGAACAGUUACGGUCAAACAACAAUCUACCAGGCUCUCAACCUCUCUAUGGGGAAGAGGCAUCUUGGAAUCAAUCUUCUUCUAGGAACAGUGAUCCUGACUUCAUACAUGGACGAAAUGUCUCAGCAACAGAGAAUCAUGCUGAAAUUCUACAUGAGAUUGCUACCAAAUUAGGAACUAAGGUGGAGUACAGACCGGGUUUGGUUGCUAGUACAGAGUUGCGUUUCUCUGUUGAGGUUUGGUUCUCUGGUAAAAAAAUUGGAGAAGCGAUUGGCAAAUCGAGACGAGAAGCCCUGCACAAGGCUGCUGAAGUUUCUAUCCAGAACUUAUCUGAUUUUUAUAUGUCGCGUACAAAUGGCGAACCAGGGCCAAGCCACAGGGAUGCUAGCCCCUUCACUAAUGGCAACGUUAUGGGAAAUGCAAGCACGCCUGAUAACCAGCCAUUUGCCAGAGAUGAAACGGCGAUGCCAGUUUCCUCUAGACCUACAGAUCCGAGGUUAGGAGGCUCAAUGAGGCACACCGGCUCCAUUACUGAGCUCAGGGAAUUGUGUGCAUCGGAGGGCUUUCAGAUGGCUUUUCAAUCUCAGCGUCCUGUUCCAUCUGACAUGGUCCACAGAGAUGAAUUACAUGCUCAGGUUGAAAUAGAUGGGCGAGUUUUAGGGGAAGGAGUUGGAUCAACAUGGGACGAAGCUAGAAUGCAGGCUGCUGAGAGAGCACUGUCUAGUGUGAGAUCGAUGCUUCCUCCGCAUAAACGACAAGGAUCUCCAAGAUCAUUCGGAGGGAUGUCAAACAAGCGUUUUAAGCCAGAGUUUCAACGGUCUAUGCAACGGAUGCCAUCUUCGGGAAGAUACUCUUGA